AUGGCCACUGUCAACAACAUAAGGCUCCUUAUAGAAGACUUCAGUGAAAGCAGAGUUGUUGAAAAGGUCAUCACCACUUUUCUUGAGAAGUUCGAGUCAAAGAUUUCAUCAUUUGAGGACUCGAGAGACUUUUCAGGUAUCUCACUGUUUGAGCUGAUAAACUCCUUGUAUGCACUUGAGCAAAGGAGGGCAAAUAGGUACGAAGACCAUCCUAAAGGAGCUUUCCAAGCAAAGGCCAAAGAAGACUCAAGUUCAAGCCAGAAAGGAAAGAAACCUUGGCUAGAUAAAAGGGAAAAACCAAUGAGGGAUGCAGAGAAAGUGUGCAAGAACAAAGGAAAUUCACCAGCUCAACAGCAAAUUCAAGCUCAGGCUACUGAAGAUCUUCAAGCUCAAGAAGAGCAUGUCUUCACUGCUUUAUGUUUUGCAACUUCAAACAAGGCCAGAUGCAACUGGUUAGUGGAUAGUGGCUGCACACAUCAUAUGGCAACUGAUGAAAAGCUGUUCAAGGACUUUGAUAGAACCUUUGCCUCUAAAAUUAGAAUUGGCAAUAGGAGCAUGAUUGAAGCCAAAGGCAGAGGCAAUGUGUUGAUCAACCCUUGUUCAGGUAACAAAGUAAUUUCUGAUGUGCUUUUUGUGCCUGACAUAGAUCAGGAUUUACUUAGUGUUGGACAACUAGUAGAAAAAGGGUAUUCACUAGCUUUUAAGAAUGGCACUUGUAUUGUCAAGACACACAUGGUCAGGAUUUGGUCGCAGUAG